CCGUCGGCCAGUAAACAAGUGAUCUCUACUGCUGCUCCGUGUCCGCGCUCGAAACUGUCCAAGGGCUACCGUGUAUGUGCGCGUGUGUGUGUGUAUGUACGCCAGUAAACCAGUGCUUAAAACAACAUACCGAACCGGCUUCUUCUCGUGCGCGCAGGCGUAAGCGCACCAACUCUCUUUCUCUCGCGCACGUUAUCUCGCGCUCAGCGCAAAACAAGGUGUACAGAGAAAGGGCACGAGGUAAAAGGCAUCCCCAACCCCCCGACCGACCGUGGGGAGAUUCGUGUGACUGUGUGCGUGUGUGUGUGAGUGAGCGGCGGGGUUGUUUCGUUCGCUCAAAAACGCUGCCCUGCAUCUCGGCACUGUUCAGUUCGUUCGUGCAUUCCGGUCCCAGUGCUGCUAGUAGUGUGACCCUGUGCUGCUGCUGUCUCUCUGUUGCCCCGCUUUGUGCACUGUGUGAUCCGACAUAUCCCCUCCGCACCAACCAAGCACAACGUGAUUACCUCAUCGCGCAUCCGCAAAGUGUGUCAACGCAUGGCCGCGCGCAGAUGGUUGGAAAAGUGAUUCUAGCGCGCUAACUGGCCACGGUUAGUGAUAACGGGUGCCAUCACGCUAUCAGUGCAGUGCAAAAGUGUCGUACAGUGGUGAAAGAUAACUGAAAAAACACACCCACGCCACAGGGUAAUUGAAUAAUAAGUACGUUAAACAGUAGUGAUAUUGGUGUGCAAUAAGUGAUAAAAGUAGAACGCAAAGUGUAUCCCGAUAAAGAUGGGGUUGAAUAACCGCGACAAGCAGGCGAAGCUGAAAACUCAGAGCCUGCUAGACUCCGAGCGAGCCGGACAGCAAACGGUGACAACGGUAACGGUGGAUCAUGGUACGGUCGCGAUGCCACUGGAGUCGAUGGCAACCGUCAGCUCAUCGACGGCGAACAACAGCAGUUCGUUCCAGCAGUCGUCAUCGUCGUCCUCCUCGACGACCUCGAAGGUCCAGUCCAGUGCAGUGGAAAGUACAGUGCAGCGCAAGUCCUCCGAUGGGCGCGUGAUCAGUGAAGUGCGUGAGCAAGGCUCCAAGAAGGAUGGGCCAAAGUUCAGCACCGUCAGCAGCAUGCGCAGUGAGGCUAUCCGGGCCAAACAGAUCGAUAGCUUCAUCGAGGAGAUACAUCAUAUCGCGAGUGAUACGAUCGGCUCGACCGCACUGAUCGGUGCCCCGGCCGGUAUGGAGCUGCCCGCCGGGACGGUCACACAGAAAACGGUGCUGCUCAGUGGUGGUGAAAGUGCGCGCAAGCAAUCGUACGUCAGUGAGAGUGUUGGCGGUGGUCAUACCACCCUCCAGUCCAGUGUGUCCGGUGAUGCUAGUCAGCAGGUGAUAUCGACCAUCGGGCCGAGCAAGAUCGAGAUCUCGAAAAUGGCCCUUGACAGCAGUGCCGUGUCGAGCAGUAGCACCAGCAAAGUCAUGCAAAGUAGCAGCAGUGCCAUAACGAAGCAAGAGCAGCAGCAAUCAUCAUCAUUGUCAUCUUCAUCGCAGAGUGCGAUGCAUAGUGAGAAAAAUGUGUCCGAAUCUAGUGCAAUCUCCAGUUCACACAAGUCUGAGUCGAAGCAGAGCAAAAGCUCCCACACGACCUCGUCGUCGUCGUCGUCGUUGAGCACCAGCAAACUGAUGUCGAGUGCUCAAAGCAAGGCUCAGUCUGUGUCGGAAACAUUCCAAUCGUCCGCACAUGGUACGAGCGACAGUGCACAGUCCGGACGACAGACGGAUACGCUGUCGAUGAACGGUGGUAGACAGUCGCUGUCCACAGUACAGUCAUCACACCUGCCGGACCAUUCCACGUACGAUCAGAAAUCAUUCCAGCUGGUGGAUGGAGAUGGCAAGACCCGCCAGCAGCAUGACAGCCAGAGCUACUCGAUGGCACAGAGUCAAGCGCCGACCACGAAAAUCGUGUACGAUUCGGCGGGUAAUCAGAUCACGAGCACUUCCUCCUCGUACCAAGCCGCGCAGGGCUACAGUACCUCCUCGUUCCAGAGCUCCGACGGAGUCGAUUUGUCCAAGUCGGCCAAGGACAGUUCCGCUGGAACGGCCAAGCUUCGCCAGACGGCGAACAACCAGAAUCAAGUGCUGUACGAUACAGCGGGCAACCGGAUCACGACCACCGGCUCCUCAUCGUAUCAAGCGGCGCAAGGUUACAGUUCCUCGUCCUUCCAGAGCUCCGAAGCGAUGGAUUCAAAGUCAUCGAAUGACUACAUGUCCUCUACCAGUACAUCCACGAAGCAGAGUCACAAUGUGUCCACUUCCAAGGGUAUGACGUCCAGCAGCGCAAAGGACUCUAUCAUCGACUCAACCACACUGGACAACUACUCGGUGCAGUUGCACGAUUCGUCCACCGGUCAGCAACACUCUAACAAUAUGCUCAUGAAAACGGAGUCGGCCCACACCGUGGCCAGCCUUUCGUCGGCACACGACGCACUGGCCAGUACGAUCCAGAGCACGCAGCUCAUUACGGAAUCGGCGAGCGAGGCGCAGCAGCGCCAGCAACACUCCGAGUUGACCAAAACGUACGAAACGUCCUCGCACUAUGCGCAGAUGGACGAGGAAAGCCGUUCCCGGCGCAAGACGUCCGAGUAUCGCGAGCAGCGCGAAUCGAAUGCCGCCAUCCUGAAGCGCAAGAUCUACGACGAGCACGGGCGGCGGCUGAACUUGAUCGAUGAGAAAAUUGUGCCGAAAGACAUCGUGACGGCGGACCUGCAGGACGACGUGACGAACGUGACCAGAACGUCGUUCGAGGCGAAACUGUUCAACCCGAAGCUGAAGCGAUGGGAGCUGGUCGACCAGAAGACGAUACUGGAGAAGGACAUUACCACCGACAUACCGGUGGAGAUCGUCCAGGAGCUGGAGGUGGAGCGUCCCGAGCUGGCCAACAUCACCACGACGAUUCAGAUGACGAAGGUAUACGAUGCCAAGACCAAGCAGUGGAAAACGAUCGAUCAGAAGAAGCACAUCGAUGUGCUGGAAAAGAUCACCUUCCUGGAGGAAAGCUCCGGACGCUCGGAGCUGGACGAGUCGGAGCGAACGAAAAACAUGAAAUCCAUGGAUAUGGUGGACCGUGUGACAAUCAAGGAGGUGAGCGAUCUGAGCGAUCAGAAACGAAUCCAGAUCAACAAAACGUCCAAACGCACAGACCAACAAACCAUCCAGGAGCAGUGCAUCUGCGAAAUCUGUACCUGCGGACGGCAUAACUGCUACAACUGUGGAGGAGGUACUGCAACGACACAAACUAAAUCCUCAAAAUAUACUGCCACGAGCAAUUCGGAAAAUUUUUACCAUCAAGAAAAUUUCACAUCAGAGCUCAGUGCGCAAGCAACGUCGGGAAGACGAGGAACAUGGACAAUAGAAGAUGCAGAAGAUCAUCUGAAUCGAAGGGAAUCGUACACGAUUGAACAUAGCAGCACCGCAAACGAAACAUCGGAACGCAGACUCACGUGGACGAAGGAUGAUUUGGAAAAGGUUGAUGUCACGAAGCUUAAAGCUGACUACGUGCGACCAAAACCAAUCAAGCAUGAAGAUAAUCUCAAGCCCGAAGGAGCAUUUACGGUGCCGGAACGAGCAGGAUACACCCCAGGGGAGCGUGUCAAGCCGAUAAAACCCGAUGACAACCUUCGUCCAGAGGGCGAUUUCUCUACUCCAGAGAAGCUUCAGUACAGACCAGCCGAGCGACCAAAGCAGGUUCGACCUGAGGAUAACCUCAGACCGGAAGGAGACUUCGAGAAGCCUGAGAAGCCUCAGUACAGACCGGCCGAGCGUCCGAAGCAGAUCAAACCUGAGGAUAACCUGCGUACUGAGGGAGAAUUCCAGGCUCCUGAGCGUCCAGAGUAUCGUCCUGGAGAGCGACCGAAGCCUGUGCGUCACGAUGAUAAUCUUCGUCCCGAGGGAGACUUCGAGCGUCCCGAGAAAUCACCAUUCCGACCAGCCGAGCGACCGAAGCAGGUUCGUCCUGAGGACAAUCUACGUCCAGAGGGCGAGUUUUCUACCCCAGAGAAACCUCAGUACAGACCGGCCGAGCGACCGAAGCAGGUUCGACCUGAGGAUAACCUCAGACCGGAAGGAGACUUCGAGAAGCCUGAGAAGCCUCAGUACAGACCGGCCGAGCGUCCGAAGCAGAUCAAACCUGAAGAUAACCUGCGUACUGAGGGAGAGUUCCAGGCUCCUGAGCGUCCAGAGUAUCGUCCUGGAGAGCGUCCGAAGCCUGUUCGUCACGAUGAUAAUCUUCGUCCCGAGGGAGACUUCGAGCGUCCCGAGAAAUCUCCAUUCCGACCAGCCGAGCGACCGAAGCAGGUUCGUCCUGAGGACAAUCUUCGCCCAGAGGGCGAGUUCUCUACUCCAGAGAAGCCUCAGUAUAGACCGGCCGAGCGACCGAAGCAGAUUCGACCUGAGGAUAACCUCAGACCGGAAGGAGACUUCGAGAAGCCUGAGAAGCCUCAGUACAGACCGGCCGAGCGUCCGAAACAGAUCAAACCUGAAGAUAAUCUGCAUACUGAGGGAGAGUUCCAGACUCCUGAGCGUCCAGAGUAUCGUCCUGGGGAACGACCGAAGCCUGUGCGUCACGAUGAUAAUCUUCGUCCCGAGGGAGACUUCGAGCGUCCCGAGAAAUCUCCAUUCCGACCAGCCGAGCGACCGAAGCAGGUUCGUCCUGAGGACAAUCUUCGUCCAGAGGGCGAUUUCUCUACUCCAGAGAAGCCUCAGUACAGACCGGCCGAGCGUCCGAAGCAAGUUCGUCCUCAAGAUAACCUCAAGCCCGAAGGUGAUUUCGAACGACCUCAGCCUACGAUUGUAGGAAAGGCCGAGAGAGCUCAGAUUGUUCGUCACGAGGACAAUCUGUACAUGGAAGGCAACUUCGAACGUACUGAGAAAACGGUUUACAUAUCUGGCGAGCGACCGAAGCCCAUAAGACCUGAUGAUAAUCUUCGUCCCGAGGGAGACUUCGAGCGUCCCGAGAAAUCUCCAUUCCGACCAGCCGAGCGACCGAAGCAGGUUCGUCCUGAGGAUAACCUUCGUCCCGAGGGCGAGUUUUCUACUCCAGAGAAGCCUCAGUAUAGACCGGCCGAGCGACCGAAGCAGGUUCGACCUGAGGAUAACCUCAGACCGGAAGGAGACUUCGAGAAGCCUGAGAAGCCUCAGUACAGACCGGCCGAGCGUCCGAAGCAGAUCAAACCUGAAGAUAACCUGCGUACUGAGGGAGAGUUCCAGGCUCCUGAGCGUCCAGAGUAUCGUCCUGGGGAACGACCGAAGCCUGUGCGUCACGAUGAUAAUCUUCGUCCCGAGGGAGACUUCGAGCGUCCCGAGAAAUCUCCAUUCCGACCAGCCGAGCGACCGAAGCAGGUUCGUCCUGAGGACAAUCUUCGUCCAGAGGGCGAUUUCUCUACUCCAGAGAAGCCUCAGUAUAGACCGGCCGAGCGACCGAAGCAGGUUCGUCCUCAAGAUAACCUCAAGCCCGAAGGUGAUUUCGAACGACCUCAGCCUACGAUUGUAGGAAAGGCCGAGAGAGCUCAGAUUGUUCGUCACGAGGACAAUCUGUAUAUGGAAGGCAACUUCGAACGUACUGAGAAAACGGUUUACAUAUCUGGCGAGCGACCGAAGCCCAUAAGACCUGAUGAUAAUCUUCGUCCCGAGGGAGACUUCGAGCGUCCCGAGAAAUCACCAUUCCGACCAGCCGAGCGACCGAAGCAGGUUCGUCCUGAGGACAAUCUUCGUCCAGAGGGCGAGUUCUCUACUCCAGAGAAGCCUCAGUACAGACCGGCCGAGCGACCGAAGCAGGUUCGACCUGAGGAUAAUCUCAGACCGGAAGGAGACUUCGAGAAGCCUGAGAAGCCUCAGUACAGACCGGCCGAGCGUCCGAAGCAGAUAAAACCUGAAGAUAACCUGCGUACUGAAGGAGAGUUCCAGACUCCUGAGCGUCCAGAGUAUCGUCCUGGAGAGCGACCGAAGCCCAUAAGACCUGAUGAUAAUCUUCGUCCUGAAGGAGACUUCGAGCGUCCCGAGAAAUCUCCAUUCCGACCAGCCGAGCGACCGAAGCAGGUUCGUCCUGAGGACAAUCUUCGUCCAGAGGGCGAAUUCUCUACUCCAGAGAAGCCUCAGUACAAAUCGGCCGAGCGACCGAAGCAGGUUCGUCCUCAAGAUAACCUCAGACCGGAAGGAGACUUCGAGAAGCCUGAGAAGCCUCAGUACAGACCGGCCGAGCGUCCGAAGCAGAUCAAACCUGAAGAUAACCUGCGUACUGAGGGAGAGUUCCAGACUCCUGAGCGUCCAGAGUAUCGUCCUGGAGAGCGACCGAAGCCCAUAAGACCUGAUGAUAAUCUUCGUCCUGAAGGAGACUUCGAGCGUCCCGAGAAAUCUCCAUUCCGACCAGCCGAGCGACCGAAGCAGGUUCGUCCUGAGGAUAACCUUCGUCCCGAGGGCGAGUUUUCUACUCCAGAGAAGCCUCAGUAUAGACCGGCCGAGCGACCGAAGCAGGUUCGACCUGAGGAUAACCUUAGACCGGAAGGAGACUUCGAGAAGCCUGAGAAGCCUCAGUACAGACCGGCCGAGCGUCCGAAGCAGAUCAAACCUGAAGAUAACCUGCGUACUGAGGGAGAGUUCCAGACUCCUGAGCGUCCAGAGUAUCGUCCUGGAGAGCGACCGAAGCCCAUAAGACCUGAUGAUAAUCUUCGUCCCGAGGGAGACUUCGAGCGUCCCGAGAAAUCACCAUUCCGACCAGCCGAGCGACCGAAGCAGGUUCGUCCUGAGGACAAUCUUCGUCCAGAGGGCGAUUUCUCUACUCCAGAGAAGCCUCAGUACAGACCGGCCGAGCGUCCGAAGCAGGUUCGACCUGAGGAUAACCUCAGACCGGAAGGAGACUUCGAGAAGCCUGAGAAGCCUCAGUACAGACCGGCCGAGCGUCCGAAGCAGAUCAAACCUGAGGAUAAUCUGCGUACUGAGGGUGAGUUCCAGACUCCUGAGCGUCCAGAGUAUCGUCCUGGAGAGCGACCGAAGCCCAUAAGACCUGAUGAUAAUCUUCGUCCCGAGGGAGACUUCGAGCGUCCCGAGAAAUCUCCAUUCCGACCAGCCGAGCGACCGAAGCAGGUUCGUCCUGAGGACAAUCUUCGCCCAGAGGGCGAGUUCUCUACUCCAGAGAAGCCUCAGUACAGACCGGCCGAGCGACCGAAGCAGGUUCGACCUGAGGAUAAUCUCAGACCGGAAGGAGACUUCGAGAAGCCUGAGAAGCCUCAGUACAGACCGGCCGAGCGUCCGAAGCAGAUCAAACCUGAAGAUAACCUGCGUACUGAGGGAGAGUUCCAGGCUCCUGAGCGUCCAGAGUAUCGUCCUGGAGAGCGACCGAAGCCCAUAAGACCUGAUGAUAAUCUUCGUCCUGAAGGAGACUUCGAGCGUCCCGAGAAAUCUCCAUUCCGACCAGCCGAGCGACCGAAGCAGGUUCGUCCUGAGGACAAUCUUCGUCCAGAGGGCGAGUUCUCUACUCCAGAGAAGCCUCAGUAUAGACCGGCCGAGCGUCCGAAGCAGGUUCGUCCUCAAGAUAACCUCAAGCCCGAAGGUGAUUUCGAACGACCUCAGCCUACGAUUGUAGGAAAGGCCGAGAGAGCUCAGAUUGUUCGUCACGAGGACAAUCUGUACAUGGAAGGCAACUUCGAACGUACUGAGAAAACGGUUUACAUAUCUGGCGAGCGACCGAAGCCCAUAAGACCUGAUGAUAAUCUUCGUCCCGAGGGAGACUUCGAGCGUCCCGAGAAAUCUCCAUUCCGACCAGCCGAGCGACCGAAGCAGGUUCGUCCUGAGGACAAUCUUCGUCCAGAGGGCGAUUUCUCUACUCCAGAGAAGCCUCAGUACAGACCGGCCGAGCGUCCGAAGCAGGUUCGACCUGAGGAUAACCUCAGACCGGAAGGAGACUUCGAGAAGCCUGAGAAGCCUCAGUACAGACCGGCAGAGCGUCCGAAGCAGAUUAAACCUGAGGAUAAUCUGCGUACUGAGGGAGAGUUCCAGACUCCUGAGCGUCCAGAGUAUCGUCCUGGAGAGCGACCGAAGCCUGUGCGUCACGAUGAUAAUCUUCGUCCCGAGGGAGACUUCGAGCGUCCCGAGAAAUCACCAUUCCGACCAGCCGAGCGACCGAAGCAGGUUCGUCCUGAGGACAAUCUACGUCCAGAGGGCGAGUUUUCUACUCCAGAGAAGCCUCAGUACAGACCGGCCGAGCGUCCAAAACAGGUUCGUCCUCACGAUAACCUCAAGCCCGAAGGUGAUUUCGAACGACCUCAGCCUACGAUUGUAGGAAAGGCCGAGAGAGCUCAGAUUGUUCGUCACGAGGACAAUCUGUAUAUGGAAGGCAACUUCGAACGUACUGAGAAAACGGUUUACAUAUCUGGCGAGCGACCGAAGCCCAUAAGACCUGAUGAUAAUCUUCGUCCCGAGGGAGACUUCGAGCGUCCCGAGAAAUCACCAUUCCGACCAGCCGAGCGACCGAAGCAGGUUCGUCCUGAGGACAAUCUUCGCCCAGAGGGCGAGUUCUCUACUCCAGAGAAGCCUCAGUACAGACCGGCCGAGCGACCGAAGCAGGUUCGACCUGAGGAUAAUCUCAGACCGGAAGGAGACUUCGAGAAGCCUGAGAAGCCUCAGUACAGACCGGCCGAGCGUCCGAAGCAGAUAAAACCUGAGGAUAACCUGCGCACUGAGGGAGAGUUCCAGGCUCCUGAGCGUCCAGAGUAUCGUCCUGGAGAGCGACCGAAGCCUGUGCGUCACGAUGAUAAUCUUCGUCCCGAGGGAGACUUCGAGCGUCCCGAGAAAUCACCAUUCCGACCAGCCGAGCGACCGAAGCAGGUUCGACCGGAAGAUAACCUUAAACCAGAGGGAAGUUUUGAAAAACCAGAGAAGCCUCAGUACAGACCGGCAGAAAGACCGAAGCAAGUGAAACCUCUGGACAAUCUUAGGCCAGAAGGAGACUUCGAACGCCCGAAACCAACACCAGUUGGUAAACCCGAUCGUGCCCAGAUCGUGAAGCAUGAGGAUAACUUGCGAGUCGAAGGAAACUUUGAAAGAGUAGAAAAAACAGUAUUUGUAGCUGGCGAACGUCCAAAACCGAUAAAGCCUGAUGAUAAUCUACGCCCAGAAGGAGAUUUUAUGACUCCGGAAAAACAACAGUUCCGUCCGGCCGAGCGUCCGAAACAGAUCAAACCUCAGGACAAUCUGCGCCCCGAAGGAGACUUCGAACGUCCACAAAAGUCGCCGAUCGGCCCUGGUGAACGUCCCAAACCGAUCAGACACGAUGACAAUCUACGACCGGAGGGAUCAUUCGAAAGACCAGAAAAGGCUACGUUCAAACCAGCGGAACGGCCCAAACAAAUACGCCCAGAGGAUAAUUUGCGUACCGAGGGUGAGUUUGAGAAGCCCGAAAAGCCACAGUUCCGGCCGGCCGAGCGUCCGAAGCAGGUGAAACCGCAGGAUAAUCUGCAAAUCGAGGGAGACUACAACACGUUCAAGGAGUACACGGAACAGAAGCAGCGCAAGGAAGCCAUACUAAAGGAGGUGCAUGAACCGGGCAUCGCCGACGGUGCGGUACUGGUGACCACGCAAACGGUCACCACCAUCCUGAAGGGAGAGAAGAAGCAGCCCACCGGCAGACAGGUCACUAGCAACGAGGUGCACGAUCACGCCACCCGCUCCGAGUCAGAGUCAUUCACGCACAGCCACAGCCAGCAUCAGCAGCAACACCAUACCAGUGAGCAGGUUUCUAGUUCUACUGCCAUCAAUCGAGCGCAGCGCAUUGAAGCUAGCACCAACGAACGCGAUCAAACAACCUCGCAACGAUCUGCGACGAAACAUUCGCAAUCGAUUCAUGACGUUUCGGGCCGGAAUGUUGCCGAAUCGAUUACCAAUCACAGCCAGCAUCACGUGGUUAAUGGCAAAACGGUUGUCGGCGGAAUGACGGAGCACCAGAGCCAUAGCAGCCACAGCCUGAAGUCUUCAUCCUCCAGCUCGAAGGUGCAUCAGACAAGCUCCUCCACCAUGCAGCAACAUUCAUCAGCCAUCAAGAGCAGCAGCAGCAGCAGCAGCAAUACUCAUCAACACCAGGACUCUCUUCAUCAGCUACAGCACGGAGAGACACGUCACACGCGCACAAACGGUACGAUCGUAACAGGCGAUGAUGGAGGCCCACUGCCGGGAGGAGUUCAGCAUCACACACGCGAACAAAUGACCGGGUCACAGGUUUCUUCCUCCAGCAGCAAGGUCGUAAUUGAUGGAAAGGUCGUAACGGAUAAAUCCGCAUCGUCGAAGCUCGCGUCCGAAAAGCUUGCAAUCGACGGGGUCGUCGUAACGGAUAAAAGCUUCGUCGAACGCCAGAAAACAGGGUUCGAUGGUAUGGAAAGCAUCUCUAACGUACAGACCACAGGACAGAAUGUACAUGGGGCAACAAGCAGCAACCUCCAGGACACGACCUCCACUUCCACGGGCAGCCAUUCGUCUACAAAGACGCAGUCUCAAACACGCUCGACGAACAAUAUCAUUCACGCCGAAUCAUCCACCAACGGACACCCAGUCGGGCGACGUAACGGUUCACUGACCACCUCAAGCCAGGCCGGAUCCGGCCAGAUGGCGGAAACACAGGUGAAGAAACUGAUCGGUGGAAAAUGGGUCACCAAGACGAUCAAAACGGAAAGCAAGUCAUUCGCUCAGGAUCAUCAUCAACAUGGAGCAGUGCACGGCGAUAGUAAGAUGGUGCAUUCGGAUCACGUGGCACGUCAGCAGCAUCAGACGCAGAGUGCCGGUACGGAAAUGCACUCUCACUCCAUGUCCACCUCCAGCUCGUCGGUUAGCAAAUCUCAAUCGAGUAGUACGAUCGUGAGCGAUAAGACCGUACAACGGGGAGUGCGUGAAACGACCGUGUCUGCCGGUUCGCCUUCUGGCCGCCCUGCAGCAGGAGCACGUGGAGGCUCUAGCAUUGUGUUGGGUGAGUCCACCAUUGAUAGUAGCUCUUCCAAGCGACAACAGACAAGCACCACCACCAAGCUGAUUGGAGGAAAGCUCGUCCACGUGACAAACGCCAGCGAUAGCAAUAACAACAGUUCCGCCGGCAAAGCGUCUGCCCAGAACGCAUCGAAUGCUCACCACUCUUCACUGCAGGAGCAGCUGUCCUCCCAGACCGCGUCCUCCACAUCCACAGCCUCGAACGUGAUGAAGUCGAGCCGAACGAGUGAAUCAAGCACCACCCGCAACACGAGCACGAUCGGACAGCAGUCCUCCACGUCACAGCAGCAGCAGCAGCAGCAGUACAAUCGGAAGAACACCUUCGCGUCGUCAGAGAACGUGAACAACUCGAUCCUCUGCCGACCGGCGCAAACGUCCACCGCCACCACAACGCAGCACGCCGCCAAUGGGGUGGCCGGUGGCAUGAGCGUAUCCGGCUCGAUCCAGCGCAAGAGCAUCUCGAAUCUGAACGACAGCGCCAUGUACUCGACGACGAACCGCACCAGCUACAGCUCGCUGCACCGCCGCGGCAAGGAAUCGGCCGAAUCGAGAAUGCAGGACUACGUGAAGACGCUCGAAACGGGAACCAUCACCAACCGGACGGUGCGUGGCCAACCGUGUCCACCACCGACGCUGGCCAGUACGGGGCUAUCGAACAGCAGUAGCACCGCGACCGCGAGCUCCUCCACCAGUAUGUCGGCGGCGAAUCAGAAAUCGCUGCGCGACUACCACUCCGCCAUGAACGUCACGCGCAGCUCGUCGACCAAAGCGAACGCGUCCAGCAUCUCGUUCGGGGACGACAAGUUCCACGGUACCAGCUCGUACAAGGUGCAGUACAUCCAGCAGCACGAAGGGCGCUGCCCGGCCGCCGCACACGACAACAUGAAGCUGUCGAAGGUCACCAAACAGCACACGUACUAUGUGCGGGACAAGAAGUAGGCGGAGAUCGUUAGAGUUGCAGUGGCAUAAAUGUUUUGGAUUAUUGUUUUUUUUUUUAAUAUUGUUUUUGUUUUAAUGCUUUUUAUAUCGUUUUGGAUGUGAUCCAGUGUUACAGUCUGAUAUACCCAUGCGUUAGGCAUUUCAGUGAACAUUUUAUCAUCGACUCAUUAUUACAACGAAGCGCG